UCUUAAAGUGUUGAAUUUCGGUAAAUAGCCAAAUGUCCUCUAAAUCGUGAUGCAAGCGGGAAAGGAGUUAUGGGUAAUAGUUAAAAUGGCUGCCUCGCGAAUGGUCUUAGUGUAGGAUUAAAAUUUUGUACUUUCGCUUCUAUGGAAGAGGAAUUUGUUGUCAAAGAAGGCUGGGUUGUUAAGGAAAGUGGACAAGCUGUCCUUGGUCAGACGAACUGGCGCAAACGAUGGUGCCGGCUUGUAAGAGGUUCGAAUGGAGCCUCUUGGUCAUAUUACAGGAAAAUGGAUGAUAUUGCAUCAAACCAACCAGCUGGACGGAUAGAACUUAAUUCCACAUUUUUGGGCAAGACUCUGUCAAAUCAUUGAGAGUGAGAAUUGGAAGAAGACUGACACCAAGAAUGGAGUAACAGUAUCACGACUAAGCUUUACACAUAACGACAAGGCUGCUGUAAAGAUUGAAGGUGUCAUCCCUGUACCUCCAGACAUUGCAUUUGAUUACCUUCAGCUUGCAAUGAAAAAGGGAGGCAAGCUAGACCAACCUUUUCGAGGAGAAGAAGUUUUACAAAAAGUAGAGGAGUCAGUUCCACACGCCAGCAUCGUAUAUAAUAAAUACAGUGUUCCUCUGCCAAGUGCUGCCCCCAGAGAUGUAUGUCUCCAAAGAAUGUGGAUACCAUCGUACUUAACUAGAAAUGGAACAUCAGGAAUGGUGUUAUGGUCAACGUAUCAUUCCCACAUUCCACAAGUUCAGGGGUUCACAAGAGUGCUUGCAGACCUGUCUGGAUUUGUGUUAUCACCUCACACUUCAUCAGAUUCUUCAGUUCACACAAAUGCAGCAAUACUGAUUCAAAUUGACGUCCGAGACUCGUUGCAGACGAUGCUGGAAGGUAGCUACAAAUCAGGUCUGUUGAAGGUUGGUUUAAGAACUGCUUUCGCUCACAUCAGUAACCUGGUGGAACAAUACUACAAAUGCGUUCAAGGAUAACUAUGUGAAAGACGCCGAGUUCAAAUUAAAAUUAGGGGUUCUCAAGAUAUCGAAGUUUAACCCUUUAACUCCCAUGAGUGACCAAGACAGAAUUUCUCCUUACAAUAUCAAUACAAUAUCGAGCAGACAAGUGAUGAGAAUAAAGAAAAAUCUUAAUUAGGGGAUUAUUAGUUGAUCCAAUACCAAAUUCUCCAAACUAACAUCAGAAGAACUGUACAGCAGACAGUAAGGAGAAUUACAAAUGACAUAUUGAGAGUUAAAGGGUUAAAGUAUCCAAAUAGAGUAAAGGGUCUGUAUUACUUGUACAGAUAAUAUAAACAAACAAGAAAGUGCAUGUUAUUUUAUAAGUAAUAUAUAAAUAAAUAAAGAUGGAAAUAGACUUGAUUAUAAUGA